GGUAUUGCCACUUGCCACCCACGUAUUCCAUUACGGCUCGAUCCAUUCAAAGCAAAAUACCAAAGACUCACUCACAGCUGCAGAAAUAUUUGGCUUUCAAAAUCUCACCCAAACCCUUCUCAAUUCCUAGGGUUUCGAAUCAUCGUACUCUACAAGCUACUGCUGCAAUUCUAUGCUAUUGCCUUUAUGUUACAUAAUAAAUGCGUACAUAUACGAAUAUACAUACUCGUCGGAGGAACUUUUCACUUGCGUUGAUUGAAGAAAUCGAAGCCUGACAGUGAUUUUGAGAUGACGGACGGGGGUUUAGAGAGGGAAAAUGGCGGAUUAACGUCUAUGGAAUCGAUUGAGUCACGGUGGGUAUUUCAGGGCGAGGAUGAUUUGGAUAUCGAUAGUGGUGAUCGAGAUACGGUGGAUGGAGAUGAUGAUUCGACAACAUGCAAUGGCAUGGAAUUGGAGUCUGAUGAUGAGGAUAAUGUGGAGCAGAAACUGAUCCGUACUGGUCCUCGUAUUGAUUCGUUUGAUGUCGAAGCUCUUGAAGUUCCCGGUGUUCAAAAGAACGACUUUGAGGAUGUCUCAGUGGGUAGAGCAAUCCUAUUGGCCUUUCAGACUCUUGGAGUUGUUUUUGGCGAUGUGGGAACGAGUCCCUUGUAUACAUUUAGUGUGAUGUUUAGUAAGGCCCCAGUCAAUGGCAAUGAAGACGUUCUUGGUGCAUUAUCUCUGGUUUUAUAUACCUUAAUCCUCGUUCCCUUGGUUAAAUAUGUCCUAAUUGUUGUUUGGGCCAAUGAUGACGGUGAAGGUGGUACCUUUGCUUUGUACUCAUUGCUUUGUAGGCAUGCAAAGGUUAAUCUUCUCCCCAAUCAACUACGAUCAGAUGCUCGCAUAUCAAGCUUUAGACUGAAGGUGCCAUCUCCAGAACUUGAGAGGUCCUUAAAAAUAAAAGAAAGACUAGAAGCUUCAUUGACAUUGAAAAAGCUUCUUCUGAUGUUAGUUCUUGUUGGCACUUCAAUGGUGAUUGCUGAUGGUGUUGUUACACCUGCUAUGUCAGUAAUGUCUGCUGUUGGUGGCUUAAAAGUUGGACUUUCUGGGGUUAAGCAAGAUCAAGUAGUGAUGAUCUCGGUGGCAUGUCUUGUAGUUCUCUUCAGCGUACAGAAGUAUGGGACAAGUAAAGUGGGUCUUGUAGUUGGUCCAGCUUUGUUUAUAUGGUUUUGUUCCCUGGGUGGUAUUGGUGUCUACAACCUCAUUAAGUAUGAUUCUCAUGUUUGGAGGGCAUUUAAUCCUGUUCACAUAUACUAUUAUUUCAAGCGCAACUCAACAAAGGCCUGGUACUCUCUUGGUGGCUGUCUUUUGUGUGCAACAGGUUCCGAGGCAAUGUUUGCAGACCUUUGCUAUUUUUCUGUAAGAUCAGUUCAGGUAUGCAGCAGAAUUUAUUUAUUUUUGGUAGAAAGGGUGUAUAAUAUGUUAAUAUUAUACUAUAGAUCCGUGCAUUUUUGGGACAUAACCCUGCGUCUCUCUUUUAUGUCACUGAAGAUGUUCAAUUUGGCAUAUAUUGUUAUUGAUAAUAGAAUGUUGUCUAAUUUGCAGCUUACAUUUAUGUUCCUUGUGCUUCCGUGCCUUCUAUUGGGAUACCUUGGUCAAGCUGCUUACCUGAUGGAGAACCAUGCCGACACAACACAAGCUUUCUUCUCUUCUGUGCCAAGUGGAGCUUUCUGGCCUGUCUUCUUGAUUGCCAAUAUAGCUGCUUUGAUUGCCAGUAGGGCAAUGACCACAGCGACCUUUUCUUGCAUUAAACAAUCCACAGCUCUAGGCUGCUUCCCUCGCCUCAAGAUUGUUCAUACGUCCCGGAAGUUCAUGGGUCAGAUUUAUAUCCCAGUCAUGAACUGGUUUCUUCUGGCGUUGUCUUUGGUGUUGGUCUGCUCUAUCUCAAGUAUAUACGAGAUCGGAAAUGCUUAUGCCAUAGCAGAGCUUGGAGUGAUGAUGAUGACAACAAUAUUGGUUACGAUUGUUAUGCUUCUGAUAUGGCAGAUCAACAUCUUAGUUGUGCUAAGUUUUAUCAUUAUCUUCUUGGGAUUGGAGUUAACAUUCUUCUCGUCUGUUUUAUGGAGUGUGGGAGAUGGAAGUUGGAUUAUACUUGUUUUUGCUGUUGUCUUGUUCCUGAUUAUGUACAUCUGGAAUUAUGGAAGCAAGCUGAAGUAUGAAACUGAAGUCAAGCAAAAGAUGUCUAUGGAUUUGUUGCGCGAAUUAGGCCCCAACCUUGGAACUAUAAGAGCUCCUGGAAUUGGCUUGCUUUACAAUGAACUAGCAAAGGGAAUACCGGCCAUAUUUGGACAUUUUCUCACCACUCUACCUGCUGUGCAUUCCAUGAUCAUUUUUGUUUGUAUAAAGUAUGUUCCUGUUCCAGUUGUACCACAAAAUGAAAGGUUCCUGUUCCGGCGAGUCUGCCCCAGAAGCUACCACAUAUUCCGUUGUAUUGCCAGAUAUGGGUACAAGGAUGCUCGUAAAGAAAAUCACCACACUUUUGAGCAACUGCUCAUUGAAAGUCUUGAGAAGUUCAUACGCAGAGAAGCUCAGGAGCGAUCACUUGAAAGUGAUGGCGAUUGUUCAGACUCUGAAGAAGAGUACUCCUUCUCAAGGGUCCUUGUAGCUCCGAAUGGAAGUGUUUAUUCGCUUGGCAUUCCUCUCUUAGCUGAUUUUAGGGACACAGGAAAGGCAGUUAUGGAAGAAAGCACUUCAGAAGAGUUGAAACCUGGAACGUCUUCUGAGUCGUUAGUGUCCGAGGCAGAGCAAUCCCUUGAAAAGGAGCUCUCAUUCAUACACAAGGCCAAAGAAUCUGGUGUGGUCUAUCUUCUUGGUCACGGAGAUAUUAGGGCAAGGAAGAAUUCAUGGUUCAUUAAGAAGCUUAUCAUAAAUUAUUUUUAUGCUUUCUUGAGAAAGAAUAGCAGGAGGGGAACUGCCAAUUUGAGUGUACCACAUUCGCACUUAGUGCAGGUCGGCAUGCAAUAUAUGGUGUGAGUUUUUUAUUGUAUAGGUCCACUUAAAGGUAUUUUGGCAAAAUUUUUGGUCGUCUGUCAACUUGGCGUCAUGAUGUACAUCAUAAUCAUUGCCUGACCAUUUGAUGGAUGCACAGAAACUGUCAUACGCCUGUUUUGCAUAUCACAGGGUGGAAUUUUGGAUGUCCCCGUCUUAGAGCUUGGAAGAUUUGGCUUCCGGUGUAGUUGUAUAAUGGAUUCACCAACUUGCUUUGUUGGGUUGCGCGUGGGGCUGUAAUGAUUUUCAAGAUAUGGAAAUCCAUGUAAACUUGUAAGUUAGUUAAGUGAGAGACUAGACCAAAUUUACUUUUGCAAAACACAGGAAUGAGAUGUAUCGGAGUGGGAUAGACCCAACUUUACCGGACUCCAACUAAUUUAUGAUUGGUCACAGUUGAUUGAU